GUCAGCUCAUCAGGGGAACUUGCAUUGACCAACAAGGCCAAUCAACUCACCAUCGCCAUGGGCAGGGUCAUCUUCUACGAGGACAGGAACUUCAUGGGCCGCUCCUAUGAGUGCAGCAGUGACUGUUCCGACUUGUCCUCUUACCUGAGCCGCUGCCACUCCUGCAGGGUGGAGAGCGGUUGCUGGAUGGUCUACGACCGCCCCAAUUACAUGGGCAACCAGUACUUCAUGAGGAAGGGCGAGUACUCCGACUACAUGAGCAUGUGGGGCAUGAGCGACUGCAUCAGGUCUUGCCGCAUGAUCCCUAUGUACAGGGGAUCCUACAGAACGAGGAUCUACGAGAGGGAGAACUUCAUGGGCCAGAUGAUGGAGGUGACCGAGGACUGCGAGUCCAUCAUGGACCGCUACCACUGGUCCGGCGGCUGCCACUCCUGCCACGUGAUGGACGGCCACUGGCUCAUGUACGAGCAGCCCCACUACAGAGGCAGGAUGUGGUACUUCAGGCCCGGAGAGUACAGGAGCUUCAGGGACUGGGGUGGCAUGAGAUUCAUGAGCAUGAGGCGCAUCAUGGAUUGCUGGUAUUAA